AACAUGCACAUGAAGGAGGUCAUUGCUGGGCUCAAUGAGUUAGGUUUAAAACGCCGCUGAGAAUGCCAUUGGCUGCCCUCGUAUGGCUACAAGGUAACAUGGUCUGCGCCAGCCAAACUGAGGACGCCUGGUUUAUGGGAUUACCGGCGUUUGAGGACGGGGUUUGGACCGGCGAUCAGUCCGGCGAUCAUCCAUUGCAAACCAGACGCUUACCACUGGAAACUCCGCAUGAAAGUAGAUACUCGGUAGACGGGAGUCUUCGUACAUACAAUAUUGACGAUGGACUCACUGUCUGCCCUCGCGGCGAUCUUGCGCAAUAGUAUGCUGUCUCACAUGUCAAUCCAUCAGCUGAUUUCUUUCAUUGAACUGUCCUCUAACCUGAAACACAGCAUUGAACUUUACCAGCCACUGAAGGAGACAUCAGACGAUACAUCAAGUCCUCUUGUUUUAC